AGUUCCAAGUCUGGAGGGAAUGUGUAACCGGCCCUGCCCCUUGAUUUAGGGCAUUCCUUCUCUUUCUGUCUAUCUCCUUUCAAUUACUAUUCCCUAUUCCGAAAGCCGUUUCGUUUAGCCCCUAUUUCCAUCUAUCGGUAUAAGUGGUCCAAAACGCGGGGCUGGGGUUCCGGGUGUAUCAGCAUUGGCCGUAGUAGCCUCUUAUUAAGACAAGAAAGUUGCUGUAACUUGAACUGCGCUGUGCUCAUCAAGCACCAUGCUGAAUGAAAAAGAACUUUCUAAAAAUUGGAAUGGAAAACCCAUUCACCCCUUAUUUGGGAUCAGAAAGCUUUUGUUGUUCUUCGAUCCAGCGUAACAAGAAGUUGUACCGUCUAGGGAUACGGUACGGCUUUACGAGUGUUUUGUACCUCAUUAGGACAAUGAUUUUCUUCGACAACUUGAACUUUCUAGAAGGGUUAUUGCUCACAAUUGCUCAUUGUGAUGCAGCGGAACCAUGGCAAUUAGGAUUUCAAGACGCAGCAACACCUAUGAUGCAAGGAAUAAUAGACUUACAUCACGAUAUCUUUUUCUUCCUCAUUCUGAUUUUGGUUUUCGUAUUAUGGAUCUUGGUUCGUGCUUUAUGGCAUUUCCACUUUCAAAAAAAUCCAAUCCCGCAAAGGAUUGUUCAUGGAACUACUAUCGAGAUUCUUCGGACCAUAUUUCCUAGUAUCAUCCCGAUGUUCAUUGCUAUACCAUCAUUUGCUCUCUUAUAUUCAAUGGACGAGGUAGUAGUAGAUCCAGCCAUUACUAUCAAAGCUAUUGGACAUCAAUGGUAUCGGACUUAUGAGUAUUCAGACUAUAACAGUUCCGAUGAACAGUCACUCACUUUUGACAGUUAUACGAUUCCAGAAGAUGAUCUAGAAUUGGGUCAAUCACGUUUAUUAGAAGUGGACAAUAGAGUGGUUGUACCAGCCAAAACUGUUUUUCGUAUUAUUGUAACAUCUGCUGAUGUACCUCAUAGUUGGGCUGUACCUUCCUCAGGUGUCAAAUGUGAUGCUGUACCAGGUCGUUUAAAUCAGAUCUCUAUUUCGGUACAACGAGAAGGAGUUUACUAUGGUCAGUGCAGUGAGAUUUGUGGAACUAAUCAUGCCUUUACGCCUAUCGUCGUAGAAGCAGUUUCUGGGAAAGAUUAUGGUUUUCGGGUGAAAAACCUAUUGCCAAAAAAUCCGGUCCCACCGACAAAUCCGGAUUUCCCGGACUCCAUUCCAAUCGUUCAUUGUUCCGGGGAGUCUUCUCAAGAUCCCUUUCCCUUUCCGGAUCUGAAUGAACCAGCCCCCAGGGAUGAUGGCUUGCCCCAAAUCCCUCCGAAACCCGCAAUGUUUUUGCAUGAAAGACUACCUGAUUUAAAAACAAUGACAGAUGAACAACGGGUUGAAUUUUGGCGCCAAUACGCCCAAUUUAUGAGGCGAAAUGAAAUAAUGGAACUUUGGCGUUAUAGGAUGUGGGAGAGGAUUGGGGAAAAUGAACUUCGGCUUUGGCGGUCCCGAGAAGUUUGAUGUUUCUAUACGAUUGACCGCGGACGUACUCAUCUAACGUGAGACGAAUGGCGUGAGGUGAGGAACCGCGUAAACAAAAGUCACGACGGCUGGGUUUGUCUUUCAUUUCCUUUCCCAGAAGCGUUGGUUCGAGGACCCGUUGGUCAAAAGAAAGGGGAGGUCCUGAUUCCGGGACGGAGCCGUAUGACGCGAGAGUGUCACGUACGGUUCCUUUGAGAAGGGUGUGAUACCACCACCUAUCAGGCCCGACGAGCGGUCCACGGAGCUGCAUCCCUACUCACCUGGUCCAUGCACAUCGCUCUCUCCAGGAGGUUGGCCGCCUAUCCUAGAUCUUCCCAUUUUCAAGAGGAUCCCGGGCUCGAUCUGGUUUAGUAUCAAGGUGAUUCUGUUUUUGUUCCUAUAUAUAUGGGUCCGUGCAGCAUUUCCACGAUAUCGUUAUGAUCAAUUAAUGGGACUUGGCCGGAAAGUGUUCUUGCCUCUAUCAUUAGCUCGGGUAGUCCCCGUUUCUGGUGUUUUGGUCACCUUUCAAUGGCUCCCUUAAUUAUGUGCGAGGAAUUUUCCUCUUGAGUAAUGGGAAGCGGGCUAGUCCCCGAAAAUGCCCGUUCC